CCUGACCUGCGACCAAAAUAAAAUUAAUUGCAAUGCAAAAUGCAAUUGCCAGCAAGUAACCUCAACGCAAAGGUCUGUGACUAUCUGUGUGUCUGUUGUGAUUGAAUGCAUUUUUACAAAUGCUAACAGUAAUUGAAAUUAAGUAUUUCCGUACUUUGAUACCGGUUAUGAGAUUAUGUAGCAUAGUUUAUUAUUUACCUACAUGAAUAGAAAAUAUUAAUAAAGACCGCUUGACAUGAUGCAAUGCAAUGCAAGAUGCAAUAUUUCUUGAUAAAAAGCAUCAAGUUGUUUCAUACAAGAUCUCACACUUUAUCAGUUUGAUGACAUUUUUAUUGCGUACAAUUGCAAAUUUAGAGAGAAAUAAGUUUUUUAUCUGCUGAUAUUACGUUUUUUUUUCCUUGGAGUUUUUUAUUAUAUCUUUCUUCAUCCAUUCUCAACUAAUUUUUGUAGCAGCAGAUAUAAUUAUUGCCAGCGAUGCACUGACUACUUUUUUCUUGUUUACUUUAAUUAGUUUUUUUUUAUUUUCAUUUCAAUGCCUAAAAAAUAUUAAAUAAAGUUUGAGGUUAGGAAAUUGUUUAAUUUUACUUAUGAUGGAAUUUUGAUUAGUGGCAAUCAUGAUGCAAUGGCAAGGGACAAGCAAUAUCCGUCUAUGUAAUAUUUUGAUCUUGCAAGGAGUUGCAUGCAAUUUCUUGCAUCAUGUCAAGCGGCAUUAAUAAAUAGUAGAUUUUAAGGUGAUAUUCUUAAGGCCGCUUUACAUAAUGCAAUACAACGUGCAAGAAAUUGCAUGCAAGUCUCUGUAAACAGUAAAAGUAAACAAAUCUUAACCUCAAAUUUUAUCUAAUAUUUUGUACCUAGUUUAACAAUGAAAAUAAUAAAUCUAAGUUUUACGAAAGUCAGCUGAUCUAUUAAGCCAAAAGUAACUAGAUUGCAACUUGCACGAUUUAAAAAUGGCACAAAACUGCGCAUGCAAGAAAUAUUGUGUCUUGCAUUACAUUACACGUUGUAUUGCAUCAUGUCAAGCGGUCUUUAGGCAUGCGUUGCAUUCAUGAAGGAUUCGCCACUGUACCAACGGCCACUUUUAUCAGGCUCUAGUUCAGAAAGUUCAAUAGAGAUAAAAUCUAGGAGAAAUUUAUAUCGAACUAAAAAAUACAUGAGAAUUAUUGAACAAUACGACGAGGAAGAACUUCGUGAACAUUUUAGAAUGAAGAGAUUGACAUGUGAUUAUAUUAUUGAUGUAAUCAGAAAUGCAAAGGUUUUGUCUGAUUAUAAAAACCCGGAAGAAAAAAAAACUUCAAAGAAGGCUGUUUACAUGACCAUAUGGUAUUUGGCAAAUACUGAAACAUGUAGACAAAUUGCUGAUCAAUUUGAUAUAACUAAAAGUUCUGCUCAUCGUGUGAUUUCCAAAAUAGUCGACUAUUUACCCAAAAAAUGAAUGGUAUAAUAGGGGCUAUUGAUGGAAACGGCCAGUAUCAGACCAAGCUCAUGUGUAUUAUAAUAGAAAAAGUGAUUACAGCAUAUUACUUCAAGGUGAAUGUGAUAAUAAAAAAAGUUCUGAGAUGUCUUCCUUAUAUGAAAAAGGUUUGAAAGACUUAUUUCAAAAUGAUUUUUUAUUGGGCGACUCUGCAUAUAUGCUUGACGUGGUUAAUAGCACCUUUUAAAAACAAUAGACAAUUAACUCAUAAUCAAAAAUAAUUCAUUUACAGGCAUUCCUCUUCAAGAAUUGUAAUAAAAAACAGUUUUGGGUUAUUGAAAGGCAGAUUUAGGAGAUUAAAAUUUUUUGAAAAUAAUUUAAUUUUUGUGGUUAACCCAUCAAUGCCCCAGGGGUCAUUAACGAACCAAGAAAUAAAAUCUGGUUAUUGCUACAAUAUCUAGAUGGCGAAACAAGCUUUUUUUGAGUUAUAAAUACACAUAUCGAUUUAUCAUCACUACCACGCGACUCUUCCAGGCACACCACUUGUUUCAAAUUAUUAUUGGUGAGUAGUUUUAUAUGAUUUUAUAAAACUCUAUGAAAACAACGAGCUAUUUUUUUACUGGGUCGUUAACGACCCCUUGGUCACUUAUAGUAAUUUUCUAUUGUUUUUUAGGAAAAUACCGUAGUUGCUGAUCUGAUAGAUGAAGCCGAAAAUUUUCACAUAAAUGAUGAUCAAAUAUUUCCA